AUGGCUGACGGGUCGGAUGCCCCUGUCAAUGGCGCCAGGCGGAAACUCCCCUUCUUCCGCCGCUCCACUCCCGACCGUCCCAUUGCUCGCAGGCGCCAGUCCACGAUCCUUUGGCACCGCCUGGUCCGAUCACUGCUGUACCUGCUCGCAUGGAUUUUCAUACUGUUGGUGGUGAUUGGGAACGUCGCCGAUAAACCCGUGCUCCGAAAUACCUACUUCCUCUACCUCGACCUCUCCCACAUCGUCCCCUUAUCGGUGCCCAAUGCCGUCCUGAUCAACUCGGUUGCUCGGUCGAUCGGGCUGCAUGAUUUCUACCAGGUUGGCCUGUGGAAUUUCUGUGAGGGUUUCAAUGGCUCUGGCAUCACCUAUUGCUCCAAACCCAAGAGGCUAUACUCGUUCAACCCAGUGAAAAUCAUCCUGAGCGAGCUAUUGUCAGGUGCACGCAUUGGUCUCCCUGCCGAUAUCUCCGAGCCGCUCCAUCUGGCUCGCAUCGCCUCGCACUGGAUGUUCGGGCUGUUCCUCACCGCAGCAGUGCUCAAUUUCAUCCUGAUUUUCCUCAGCCCAUUGGCCGUGUCCUCGCGACCGCCGCAAACUGUCAAGUCCUGGGCCGAGGCCCACAGCGCCAGCGACAGCAAUAACCCUCCGCUGGGUCGCCCGCCCCAUCGACGACGCACGUUCAUCCUGCUGCGCUCCGUCCCGUUCUUGAUCCUGACCUUCUUCACGGCCCUCGUGACCAUUGUGGCGUCCGCGGUGGCGACGGUCAUGUUCGAGAUCUUCGCCGGUGUCUUUACCAAUGCCGACCCCAGUAUCAACAUCAAGGCCCAUGUUGGCACGCAGAUGCUGGCGCUGAUGUGGAUCGGCUCUGGGUUCAGCUUGAUUGCGUUUAUUGUGCAGUUCGGGUCCUGCUGCGCCUCUUGCUGCGGUGGCCACAAGGCUCGCAAGCAGCUCAAGGCCCAGGGUAUCAACAUGCACGAGAAGAGUCCUGUCGGUGGCCACAAUGGUCAUGCCGAGGACGGUCCGGCGGAACCGCAUGCCGUCUCGACCAACUGA